AAAAUAAUCAGGUAAUCGAAGACAACUCAUAAGAUCCUACACCCAGUCAAAGAAAACGACUCCCAUCCUUGGCCCCAGGCUGCUGUUUCUUUCUUUUUGCUUCCACCUCCUCCCCCCACCUCAGCCUUGUGGCCCCGGAGUUCAGUGAUACUUGUGCCCAAAAAAUGAAGAAAAUCCCUCUUGCACGGUAUCUAUUCACACGUCUAGCUCAACACAAAGUGCAACAUAUGCACGGUGUACCCGGAGACUUUACACUUAAGUCUCUCGACCACCUCUCACCCAGCGGGGUAAAAUGGAUCAAUUCAUGCAACGAACUGAACGCCGGCUACGCCGCGGACGGAUACUCGCGGAUCCGGGGUCUAGGCGCAUUAAUGACCACCUACGGAGUCGGCGAACUCAGUGCAAUCAACGCAAUCGCCGGUUCAUACGCAGAAUAUGUUCCUGUCGUGGGAAUAGUGGGCACACCGCGUCGGGAACUUCAAGCGACGCGAGCGAAUGUCCAUCACACGUUGGGAGAUGGGCGUCCUCGUGUGUUUGCAGAGAUGGCCCGUCAUGUUACGGUGGCGCAGGCGAAUUUGAUCCAUGAUGAUGAAGAGGCUCUGGUUGAGGCGGUGGAUGAUGUUCUUGCUACUUGUUUGAGGGAGAGUCAGCCGGUUUAUGUCGAGUUGCCGUGUGAUAUGGUGGCGAAGCAGGUUGAUGGCACGAGACUUGAUACGACGACUCUUGACGUUGAUGUCAAGAGCGAUGCGCGUGCAGAGAAAGAUGCGGUUGACGCCGUGUUGCAGAGAUUGGGUGCUGCGAAACAGCCGCUGAUUCUCGUUGAUUCAGGUCAUGGUGUGCGUGGGUUCCGGACGGAAAUCAACGCUUUCGUCCAGAAGAGUGGGAUUCCAACGCUGGCUAUGCCAUCUGGGAAUGGAUUGGUCGAGCAUUCGUUGAGAAACUUCUACGGCGUCCAUUCCGGCCCUGUCGGUCAAAUCGACACUAUGCCCUACGUGAGCGGCGCCGACGUUGUCCUUGCCAUCGGACCAAUGUUCUCCGACACGCAGACUCUAGGCUGGUCGGUGGUUCCAGAAGCAGACAAGAUCAUCACUUUGGCAAAGAAAUCGAUCGAGUUUCCUGGUCAUGGUCAUGGUCAUGGAGGUCAUUCGAGGACGAUCAACAUCAAUAUCCAAUCUUUUCUCACCACACUGACCGAGGCUAUCAACCCGUCGAGCCUCGCUACACCCGAUACGUCCAGUCUGGGUGAUUUUCGAAGCAUUGCCCCUGCGUCCGCUGAUCUAUCCGCUCCUAUCGAUCAGACCAAUUUCUAUCUCCAUCUUAGCAAGUAUCUUCGACAAGGUGACACGGUCUUAUUAGCAAACGCAACCCCAAUUCUAGGUGGACGUGACUUGGUUCUCCCACCGAAAGCCACCAGCAUUGCAUCAGGACAAUGGUUCUCCAUUGGACAUAUGCUUCCAGCAGCGCAGGGGGCGGCGCUGGCACAGCAACAGGGGAUUCAGGACCAAGAAACUACCACCACCACCACCACCAAGGCUACUGGUAACGAUGAUCAUCACUUAACCCCAUGGACACUAGCCACUACACCGUGUCCCCCCAUCUCCCCAAGAACAAUCCUCCUUGAAGGCGACGGCAGUUUCCAAGUCACAGCCCAAGAACUCAGCACUGCCAUCCGGUACGGCAUCCCUCUCACCGUCAUGAUCAUCAAUAAUAACGGGUAUGCAUACGAGCGACAAAUCCACGGCAUGCAUGAAGAUUACAAUGACCUAGCACCCUGGCGAUAUGCGGAUCUGGGCGCGAAAUUCUUUGGUGCGGAUGAUUAUGGUCCGGAACAUAGACAGGCGUAUCCCAUUUGGACGAGGAGAAUCUCGACGUGGAAGGAAUUAGAUGAUACGCUGGCAGAUGAGGCGUUUAACGAGGCCAAGGGGUUGAAGGUUCUGGAAGUUGGCAUUGGGAAAUAUGAUGUGCCGGAGAAGUUUAAGAGUGUUUUUCAGGCGGCGGGGGAGAAGUUGGGGUGAGAGCCCAGGAUAAGGACGAGGGAUAUGAAAGGAUAUGAGAACGGACAUCUUUUGUAAAGUCAGUGAGGGUUCAUUGUGUGGAAUGAGGUGGAUAUAAGAGGUAUAUGUGCAAUUUCAUAACGAGACGAGAAACGAAUAUUAAGCAUUCAACGUAAAGA